AUGUAUCCGCCUAUACAAUCAUUAUCAUCGUCAUCGUCGUUGUCCAACAACAAACAACUUCAACUACAACAACAACAACAAAAACUACAACAUCAAUUGUCACAAACUGAAGGUUAUCAACUUUCACAACAACAAAUUCAAAUACAAUUACCGUUGAUAAUGGGAAACAACAGUAACGAUGAUAACAAUAGUAAUGGUAGUAGCGGUAAUAAUAUAAACGGUGGAUAUCCAGGAAACAGUGCGUUGUCUCCGGUGUCUAGAUUGCCGACCUCUAAACUACCGACACAAUUUAUAUCUAUCAAUGUAUCACCGCUGCAAUCUCCCCAUUCCGAGGGUGAUGUCACUCCAAACAACAAUAGCAACUCGAAAAUGAAUCGACUCGAUCUAGAGGGUACUCACUUUACCUACUUCCCAUUUAAAGUGGAUCAAACGAAACUGGUGAAACUACCGCGUCUUCUCUUAGGAAAGAACUACAAAAUCGACUUUGACCGUUGCUACAUAAACUGGGCUGCUUUUCGAAGUCUAAAAGUAUUAUCACUUGAUCAUUGUCAAUUAAAUAGAUUCCCAACUGGUGUUUGUAAUAUACCAUCAUUAAGAAGAUUGAAUUUAAAAAAGAAUCAAAUACAAACAAUUCCAGGUGAAAUAAAGAAAUUAACAAAAUUAAAGAGAAUCGAUCUAUCACAUAAUCAAGUGGAUUCGAUACCGAAUGAAGUAGCGGAAUUAGCGUUGUUGAAAUCGAUCAAUAUCAAUAGUAAUAGGUUCAAGACUGGUCAGUCUGUGACACCUCUCUCGUUUAUCGCUACUCUAGAGAAGAUCAGUCUCAAUCAUAAUCAAUUGACAGAGUUUCCAUCUUGUUUUCUUGCACUUCCACUGCAUACACUCUAUCUAGACCACAACGAAAUACCCGAGGUACCACCCGAAGUAAAACAAUGGAAGACACUUAGAGAUUUCUCAAUUAAUAAUAAUAUUGUAAAGAGAGUGAAUCAACAACAACAACUUCCAAUUCAACAAACUGCACAAUUACAAAUAGUACAACAACAACCACAACCACAACAACAACUAAAGUAUGAAAAGUUACAUGUUGAGAUUCCUAGACUUCAAUCGAUAUCGAUUGCCAACAAUCAAUCCGAUGCCUCUCAAGUCAGUAAUAUGAUGGAACAAAUGUCGUUGUCACCUCAUUCCGCCAGUGGAGGAAAUGAACCAUUAUCACCCAGCCAAACACCACUCUCACCUUCGAGAAAACCACCUAAACCUCUACCUUUACCACCUUCAAUGCCAUCACUCUCUAAUAACAACAAUAAUAGUAGUAAUAAUAACAAAUCGAGACUGUCCACUUCAGCAAUUAUUAGUCCGACAAGACCAACAUCCACCAAUAUUCAACAACAACCAAUCACCUCAACAAGUUCAUCACCAAUUAUAAACUCUGAAACUCGACCAAAAGUACCACCUUUGAAGUUAUCAAAGAAUAGUUUGUCUGUUACUACAAGUAUUCCAAACAAUAUCAAUAGUUUAGCUAGCGACGAUAACAAUAGUUCGACUUCCAUGAUGAGUAGUUCCAUCUCGAACGACCACCUCUCAAAGUUGGCAACCGCUGGAAACAAUAGUAGCAGUAGUAAUCUUGGAUUGGGUGCACGUGUCCGCUCGUUUACCUCCUACGAAUACAGCAUGGAACAAGAGAAGCAGUUGAUGCAUACUACAUCCUCUUCGUCUGGUGAUAGUUGGCAAGAUGAUGACAUUGGAGGAAAUCACCAAGAUUUAGUAUCACCAAACUCUAUUGAUAACAAUAAUAAUAACAACAAUAACUACACGAAACCAUCGAAUGGAUUGAGUAAAUCUACCUCUGCAUUUACAUCACCAAGAGGACAUCACAAGGAGAAGAAAAGUUCCAAAAUAUUUGAUUUUUUUGCAUUAGCCAAAGGAACCUUGACAGCAAAAUUAAAGAAUCCACAACAGCAACAACAACAGGUACAACAGCAACAAUCACAACAACAACAACAGAAUAACAGUAAAAUAGCAACAGAUUCUCUGACACCAAGAAAUUCCAAUGGAUCUCUUAUCAAUCAAUGUACCAGCUCACCAUCUACACCACGUCCAUCGUUCCCAGAGAGAAAUGGUAGUAACUCUUCAUUGGCCAAUAUCGCCAAUACUACUACUACGACAAGUAGUUGCAGUGUGACUCCAUCGGACAACUCUCCAACACCGAGAAAGCGUGACCGUAAGCUUUCCAAUAGCUUUAGUAACAAUAACAUAAAUGCUUCAUUUAUACACACUAAAGAUCAACCAACGAACCACAGCAACAAUAAUAAUACUCAUGGAUCUGUAAUCAGUAGUUUAAUUCGUCAUAGUAGCCAUAGUAAUAUAAACAGUUCCACCAUUAUAAAUAAUAAUAAUAAUAAUAAUAAUAAUAAUAAUUAUAGCAAUAGUUAUGUCAACAAUAAUAUCAAUCAUUAUUCAAAUAGCAGUAACAACAACAACAAUAACAAUAACAAUAAUUCAAUCACACAUUCUCAUUCCAAUUCCAAUCAACAUCUAUCGCACUCUGUAAAUCCAGUAUCUGCCAAUCCAAUAUUAUUUGUUGAUCCUAUGGAGGUUACCUAUGAAGAUACUCUGAAGAAUAUGAGUUAUUCAAGUGGUGGAAUGGGUGCUCAUUUCGAAAUGGUUAGUCAUUCGAUGCCUAUGACCUCGUCUAUCCUGUUGGAUACUUCGAAUCGCGACGAUGUCGGCUUGACAGAAUCAACGGUUAUCAAUCGCAGUAGUUCAAGUUCAUCCGCUGUUUCUUCGUCGUACCGCAAGUCACCUCCAAUUUCCGACCAACAACCGACUCCGGUCGCACAGAAACUCGAACUAUUGAAACAAUCGAAGUUGGAAUUCGUUGAGGAGAUCAACGUCGACGAUAAAUCGCUGGUAAUUCCACCAUCCAACUCAAAGAAGAGGCUGACCGCACUGGUGUUACCAACGAAACCGAACCACGGACACUCCGGUAGUAUCAGUACACUGCUUGUUCCGGCAGCAGCUGCUGCACUUCAAACGCGCAAGUCACUCGGUGGCUCCAGUGAUCCGAGCAAGCGUAAACUCAAGAAGCGUGAAGAAUCCGGUGGAGUACUUCGUGAAUCGACCAGCACUGGUAACCUUACCUCCAGCAUCUACCUUGAGGGUGAUGACUUUAUUCGUGAUCUUAUGGCAAGUCCAGUCAUCAAUGUUGACAUUGAAUUUACCUCUGAAGAUGGUGUACCAAAGAUUAAAGCUGCCACUCUUAAAAUGUUGGUAAAUGCAUUAUCUCAUGAGAAAGGACAUAGUAAAGAAUUGGAAAAUAUGUUUUUUGAUACCUAUAUGUUAUUUACCAAUGUAGAUACGCUAAUUCAGUUGCUGAGUGAGCGAUUCUAUCAUACUGGAAAGAAUAACUCACCGAUUAUCAAACAAAAGGUGUUGAGAUUCGUUCAGCGUUGGGUUGACCGAAACUGGGAGGAUUUCAAUGAGAAGCAAUCGGCUAAUCUUCUCGAGUUUUGUAAGACUUGUCAGGAGACAGUCGAGCAAGGAAUGCCAACCUCGACCUACUCGAUCAAGAAUCAAAUCACUUCGCUGACCAACAUUAUCAAGAUGCGUAGAGAUGGAACCUAUGUGCCCGAUGAAGACCAAGAGAGUUGGGAACAACCACCGAUUCCCGAUUUCAUUUAUCAGGAGAAUUUCACUCUCCUGGACUUGAAAUCACACGAGAUUGCCAGACAACUAUCAAUCAUAGACCAAUCACUCAUAAUUAAAAUUACCAAACAUGAACUGCUUGACUAUGUACAAAGCCAGUCGAAUCCACCCCAAUCCAUCGUCAAUGUAACCAAUCGAUUCAACUACAUCUCUCGUUGGGUUGCAAGUGAAAUUACCACAUGUUACAAUUUGGACAAGAGAAUUAUGUUGAUAUUUAAAUUUAUUAAUAUUGCAUUGAAUUGUUGGGUAUUAAAGAAUUUCAAUAGUGCAAUUGCUAUUAUUGCUGGUAUGAAACAUGGUGCUGUGUUGAGAUUGAAAUCUACAUGGUUCUACAUCAACAAUUCCAAGGCAAAUGCAAUCUUUCAGGAAUUUGAGGAGAUGAUCUCACCGACUUCUCUCUCGAAACUCAGAAAGAUCAUGGAUUCCGUUGAACCACCUGCCGUUCCAUAUCUUGGUAGUUACUUUAACCAUUUGGUUGGUAUUACCGAAGGUAACAAAUCGACCAAGUCAUCCGACCAAAUCAAUCUUCUCAAAUACGAGAUGUUGAGUAAGAUUCUCCAACGUGUUCACCUCAUUCAAUCAAAGACCUACAAUUUGGCGAGUGUCGGUGUCAUCCAGAAGUUCCUCAACGAACUACCACAACUCACCGAAGCACAACUAUACGAGUCCGUUUCAAAACUUGAUUCCUCAAGAGAUCUCAGCGCCGAAACUUCAAAACUUCGAAACAAAAAAAGAAAAGGCACAAUAGAUGAAUUUUUAAGUGAUAAUAUUGGAAAAGUAAAUUUAGAAGAAAAUGAUAAAAAGAAUAUAUUUUUUGAAUUUCUGGAUAAUAAUAGGUUUUUAAGAUUUAAUGAUAGUUUUUAUGAUAAAGAUAUCAUUCCACCUACAGUUACAACUUUGCAAUUAGCGAAAAAUUAUAAUGAACCAAUUGAAAAGGAUUUAAUUCCAAAUCAUAUUACAACAUUGAUAUUUGGAGAUAACUUUGAUCAAAAAAUAGCUCCAAAUUCAUUACCAGAUAUUAUUUACCUCAGACUUUGGAGUAUCUGGAAUUUGGAUAUCGAUUUAACCGACCGAUUAAACCUAGAUCGAUACCGAAAUCAAUUUCUCAUCUUGAAUUUGGAUAUCGCUUCAAUCAGAUGUGUGACGUACCAACCCAAAUGGAUACUUUCCGAAUCUCCUCUGACUAUAGUCAUUGUAUUUUCAUGGGAUCACUGA